CUGGGGAAUUAGCACAGGGACGAGCGCGCGCGCGGGUCCCCAACACAUCUGGGCGAGAGCGGCGCCGCUGGAACCGAGGGGGCAUAUCUGGAGCGGCGGAGCCACCGCGCAGCUGGGGCCCUUCGAGGCGCUCGGGGCGCCCAUCUGGAACCUCGAGAGGGGUCCGUGCCGCGCGCAGCUGGACCAGGGGAGGGGGAGGGCGGCUGCACAGCUGGACCGAAGGGGGCGGGGUCGGUCCUGGGCGGCUGGCAGAGCGGAGGGCCGCGAGUGGCCUGGGACUGGAGCAUGGGACGGCGCGCCUGAAGGAGCAGGGGUGAGGAAGGGCCUGGUACCCUGAGGGGGAGAGACGAGAGAAAGGGGCACGAGAGCAAAGGAGGAAGAUGCAACUGACUCGCUGCUGCUUCGUGUUCCUAGUGCAGGGCAGCCUCUAUCUGCCAUUCAGCUGUGACCCCCUGCGGCCGAGGACGCACAGGUCUGCUGCCUGGAGCCCAGCCCCCAGAACCUCCCCUCCUGCUGUCCCUCUGCCCGACCCUUGGGUCCUGGCAGGCAGGGCCACCGCACACGACCCCAGGCAUGGCCAGGGCCAGAAAAGAGACCACAAACCCCUUUGGAGCCCUCCAGACCUCAGGCAUCCCACAUCCUCAUCCCAGGGUCGCCAGCAAAUCCAGAUGCUGCCCAGCUGUGAGCUGGUGCCCCGGUGCUCAUAACGAGACACGUAGGGUCAUCUGUGGCCAGGAUGAUGGUCCCCCUGGCUCAGAGGACCCUGAGCAUGAUGACCCUGAGAGCCAGCCCCGGCCCCGGAUGCCUCGAAAGCGGGGCCACAUGUCACCUAAGUCCCGCCCCAUGGCCAACUCCACUCUCCUAGGGCUGCUGGCUCCACCUGGGGAGGCGUGGGGGGUCCUCGGGCAGCCCCCCAGUCGCCCGAACCACAGCCCCCCACCGUCGGCCAGAGUGAAGAACAUCUUCGGCUGGGGUGACUUCUACUCCAACAUCAAGACGGUAGCCCUGAACCUGCUCGUCACGGGGAAGAUCGUGGACCACGGCAAUGGGACCUUCAGCGUCCACUUCCGACACAAUGCCACGGGCCAGGGCAACAUCUCCAUCAGCCUCGUGCCCCCCAGUAAAGCUGUAGAGUUCCACCAGGAGCAGCAGAUCUUCAUUGAAGCCAAGGCCUCCAAAAUCUUCAACUGCCGGAUGGAGUGGGAGAAGGUGGAACGGGGCCGCCGGGUCUCACUCUGCACCCACGACCCGGCCAAGACCUGCUCCCGAGACCACGCUCAGAGCUCAGCCACCUGGAGUUGCUCCCAGCCCUUCAAAGUCGUCUGCGUCUACAUCGCCUUCUACAGCACGGACUAUAGGCUGGUCCAGAAGGUGUGCCCGGAUUACAACUACCACAGCGAUACCCCCUACUACCCCUCCGGGUGACCCUGGGCAGGCCGCAGAGGCCAGGCCAGGACUGGAAGGACAGGCCUGCCCGCUCGGGAAGCCAUCUGUCUGGAUACUGGGCAGGGAGCGGAAGGGGCCUCAGGCGGGGAGCGCGGGGGUGGAGAGGAGGAGAGGCCGAGCGGCGCCAGGGCCAAGCCUCAGGGGGCGGGGAAGGGGUCGCGGGUGCUGGCCCCAACCGGAGGCUGUGGAGCAACCAGGACGCAGGAGCGCUGGCCGAGGAGUGGGUUCUCUGGCGGCCUCCCAGGGCUUCCCCACUGAGCAAUAGAAAGAUGCUGGGUCCGGGAGGCCCCUGGAGCAAGCAGACCAAUAAAGUCAUUGAGGGGAGCCUAAAACCUUGGCUCCCUCCCUGCCGUCCUGAGAAAGAACGCAACAAGGAGAGGGUUAUCUCGUCGCUGCGGACAGCACGUGGGCCCUGAAGGAUGGCGGAGCUGGGGCUCCCUGGGAGCCGGCACCGGGAGCUCUCCAGCGCCGCCCAGCGGGCAGACCCGAGCCCUCAUCCUGGACUGCAGCUUGAGGCUGAAGUGGUGACCUUUGGAGUCUUCGAUGUCUGGACCAAGAGACCAUCUGCCCCCAGCCAGGCCACCCCCUUUCCAACAUUCCUUCUCUUGCCAUUGCUCCCCACCCCACCCUUGUGCCGAAGGGGACCCUCGUCCUUAAGCUGAGACGGGGCGACCGUCAUUCUCCCAGCACCAAGACCACGCGUGGAAGCCCGCCCGUGAGCCACGUGCUCACCCUCCAUCCCGCUCCAGGCUGGCUCCUCGGGGAACGACCGUAUCCAGCGAGGGAGCCUUGCAUAGCCAGCCUUGCCCGUCAGCCCAGGCCUUGCCAGGACAGAGAUGCCUGCCUCCCCUGUGGCCCAUGGGACCAUAGGCAGCUUGGGGCAGGGUGAGGCCACGCUGUGGUGAGUGGCCGGACCUGUCCCGUAGUGUCUGUCUGUGGGGGUGGGGAGGGGGGAGGUUUUGUGAAAUCAUCCGUUUGUUGACUUCUGUGUGCAGACUCUCGUUCUCAGAUCAAGGAAUAAAGCUUUC